UAGCUAAAAUAAGGCGGAAACGGCAGAUUCUUUUUAUUUUUGGCUUCUGUUAAGGCUCUCGUCUCUCUCUACCAAAAGAGCUCUCGUCUCUCAGUCGGUGAGAGUUAGCAACCGAGCAAAAGAUCUGCGCUAAGAGCUCUCCGUCAUUGCGUUAUUCUUCACAUCCUUUCUUCCACAAUCGCAACCGGUUCGUUUAUCUCCGGUUUUCCCUUAGCUUACCACCUCGUAUGGAUCUGGAUCCCCAGCCGGAGCCUACCAUAACCCGACGGCACAAAUGCUCGGCGUGCUACCAGCAAUUCAAGAAAAAGGAACAUCUUGUUGAGCAUAUGCGAGUGUCAUAUCACUCCAUUCAUGAACCUAAGUGUGGUGUCUGCAAUAAGCACUGCAGAACACUAGCAUCGGUGAGGGAACAUCUUAUAGGUCCACUGCCAAAGCGCCACUGUGCAGAGGUAUUUGCUGCUAGUGGUUGUGAUCUUUGUUUGAACAUUCUCGAGAGCGCCAAUGCUCUCAGACUGCAUAAAGACUUAUGUCGCUUGAGUCCUGCUUACCACGGAAAUAUGACAAUGUCUAUUGUGGAGAAUUAUGCUCAGGCUGAAACGGAUAUGCCUAGCUUAAUCAUGGGAAGCAAUGGUAACCAAGUUCCUGAAGUUGUUGCCAUGGACUGUGAGAUGGUUGGUGGGGGAAGUGAUGGAUCACUUGAUCUCUGUGCGCGUGUAUGCUUAAUUGAUGAAAAUGAAAAUGUGAUCUUCCACUCAUAUGUGAAGCCUAUAAUUCCUGUCACCAAUUUCAGAUUUGAAAUAACUGGUAUAACUGAAGACCAUUUGGUAGAUGGAAUGCCUCUCUUGGAAGUUAGAAAAAAAAUUGAGAAGAUAUUGUAUAAUGGAGAAUCAAUAUCACGAGCCCGUCUGGAAGGUGGAAACGCUAGGAUUCUUGUAGGUCAUGACUUAGAUCAUGAUUUAGAUUGUUUGAAAAUGAAUUACCCUCCUCACUUGAUAAGGGAUACAGCCCAAUAUCGUCCCUUAAAGAGAACUAAUGAUUCAGUCAGCUUCUCACUGAAGUACCUCACUCAGACGUACUUAGGGUAUGAGAUCCAAAAUGGUACACAUGAUCCCUAUGAAGAUUGUGUUGCUGCAUUAAGGCUAUAUAAAAGGAUGCGAUCUCAGAUACACCAAACUGAGUUUCUAACGUCAAACGAGAGCAAUGUAACUUUUGAUACCAAGGCAUAUAAUUGUUUUGAUUCCUCAAGGUUGAAGGGACUCGUCAAGAUGUCUCCGGAUGAUCUGCUCGGUAUGUCAGUAGCUGAUUACAGGUGCUGGUGUCUGGAUAGAAGCCAAAACUCUUGACUCAGCAUUACUUGCCCAACUUGGAUGGAUAUUUUGGUUGCUCUAUAAACAGUUAGGAUAAUGCCGGUCUUCCAUAUGUUCGCAUCGCAAUAGUUUCCAUAUGUUAGCUCCUGUGGCGGGUUCCUACUGUAAAUGAACCAUCAAAGUUUGUGUAUGUUUUUCUCUUGCUAUUUAGCAGGGAAAAAAUUAUAAUUAAAAGGUGAAAAAAAUCAGAUCUUCGACACCUCAGUUCUAGGAGCAGAGUUACGAGCGGCUUGGAUGGGAUUGCGUUAAGCGCGGCGCGUGCUUCAGGCGACCUUCAUACUCUUGGAGGGUGAUUCGACCACGGAGAUCGACUGGGUUCGACGGAGCACGAGCAGGGAUGAAGAUGUUUAUCCCCUGCUCGGUGAUAUUUGGUUGAUGGUGAGAGAGGGCAUUACAUUUCAAGCUAUGCAUGUAUAUUGUGAGGCUAACGGGGCACUGGGUGGCGGCAUAUGUAGCGAACCACUCAGAAGGCACCCUGUGGGUUGGAGAGGGUGAGAUGCCUGUUGCAUUAUGAAAUCUUUUGUUUGCCGAUUUUAUUGUGUUGCCCAAGGUGA